CCACUUCUGCUCCGAUGGCUCCUUGAUUCUGCGGGAGCUGAGGGCCCCCCGUGUCUACUCCCUGUGCUCCAGGACGAGGGCUUUGCCGCUGCCGCAGCAUGGUACAAGCCUGCUUGGUGUGCUCCAGAGCUCAUAAGGCGGCGGGGCCAGCCAUGGACAAGACGGACAAGCCCAGUCCCUCUGCCAAGAAGCACGUGCGUCUUCAGGAGAGGAGGGGCUCCAAUGUCUCACUGAUGCUGGACAUGAGCUCGCUGGGGAGCGUGGAGCCCAUCCAGCCCGUCUGCACGCCACGGGACAUCACGCUGAAGUUCCUGAGGACAUCAAGCCAUGUGCUGAGGAGAGAGGAGCUCCAGCAACGCGCCCAGAGCCUGACACAGCUCCAGGAGGAGUUCUCGAAAAUCCCACCCAACUUUGUCAGUCCGGAGGAGCUGGAGAUCCCUGGACGUGCCUCCAAGGACAGAUACAAAACCAUCCUCCCCAGUAUGUGCCGCUGCAUUCCUCUGCCUCCCUUUUGCCUGGGGGCCAUGUGCAGCAAGGGCGGGGGGGUGUGCUUGUGUGCAAAUUAUCUUGAGGGCUACGCGGGGCGGCCCCGGGAGUACAUUGCCACCCAGGGACCCAUGCUGAACACCGUGACCGACUUCUGGGAGAUGGUGUGGCAGGAGGAGGCACCCCUCAUCGUCAUGAUAACCAAGCUGCAGGAGCGCAAAGAGAAAUGUGUCCACUACUGGCCAGAGAAGGAGGGCACCUACGGCCCCUUCACCAUCCACGUGCAGGGCGUGAGCGAGUGCGUGGAGUACGUGCUCCGGGACCUCUCCAUCCAGCUUGAAGGUGAAUGCCGCCAGGUCAAACACAUCCUCUUCCCCUCCUGGCCGGACCAGCAGACACCCGAGUCGGCCAAGCCCCUGCUGCACUUGGUGUCCAAGGUGGAGGAGACUCUGGAGGCUCCAGCCAGCCCAGGGCCCAUCGUUGUGCACUGCAGCGCAGGCAUCGGCCGGACGGGCUGCUUUAUCGCUACCAGGAUCGGGUGCCAGCAGCUGAAGGAGAAGGGGGAGGUGGACAUCCUGGGAAUCGUCUGCCACCUCCGCAUAGACAGAGGGGGGAUGAUCCAGACGAGCGAGCAGUACCAGUUCCUCCAUCACACACUAGCUCUCUACGCUUCCCAGCUGCCGGAGGCGGGGGGGCGCCCGCGCCGCGCGCCCCCCCCGCCUGUCCCCUCUCCGACCUCUCUUGCACCAGCCUCGGCGACACCUCCACCAAAACCCCCUGCUGCUGCCGCUGGGCCGCAGAGCAGCAGCGUGAGCAUCCCGCAGGAUGAGCGCAGCUGAGCAAACCCAUGGGGAUUGUGGCCCUGGGGACCAGCAGGAUUUGGCGGGUUCACAUGAGGGGCUCAGCGGGUGCUCGAGGCGGCCGUUGCUGCCGGCUUGAGGCUGAUUUCACCCCUGGAAAGAAGCUUUGGCUUUCGAAGCGUGCAACGUUUUAUCCUCAACCAGAAGAGCAAGGUGUGCAGAGGAGUUGAAGCUGGGUGAGAGCCGGAGCAGGGUUCGCCUUUUAGCUGCAUGGAAAUGUUUACCCCGUCCGACGCAGAGCUGGUACCAUUACCCUGCAAAUAAAGAGAGCCGGUCUCCUGUCUGGGGGCAGAGGCUGCAGCGCGCACAGGGCUGGGCUUGCUCCGAACACGCACCAUGAUGCUCUUCUUGCUAAAGAUACGCCUUUGUGAGCCGGUACAAAAGGGGCACAGUUGGUUGCCUUCAUUACACGGCUUGCUUUCCUCUCCACCUUCAGCCAACACCUUCGCAACAGCCUUAAAGCAGGGGAGAUUCCUAAGUGUGUCUGCAGCUUUGCAAGCAACAUGUCCCCAACGGCCUUUUGUUACACGAGGGUAGGGGUUUUGCAUUCUUGGUUUUUUUCUGAACUCAGAACAAAAUAAUAUUUAGGGUUUUUUCACUGAUAAAUUCGGGGGGUGGGGAGGAGGAAGAAGAAGGAGAAACAUUUUGGCACAAAGCAUGGAGAUGGAAAUAUUCUGUAAAAUAUUUUAAAGCUAUUCAGAACUGGCCUUCAGCUGAUGGGCGCUGCGCACCCCGUUGGGCAGUGAGGACUGGGGAGCUGAGGGCCACCGAGCCUGCGCCUGCCCGAGCCCACCAGCCCUGACGUGGCCUGCUCAAGGGGUGAGAUCCCAGGCAAAAAGGGUCAACGCUCUUCAAAAUCGGCUCCUGGAGCAUCCCCCAUCAGGGCUGUGUGCAUGGACCCCCCCUCUGCCGCCUUGAGGGUCCUCAAAAUGCCCUUGAAUGGCUGCCCAGUGGGUUUGCCCAAGUGCCCCAUGCCCAGGCUCUGUGGCUCUCUU